AUGAUUGAAAUUAAUAAUAAUCAUAAUAAUGGUAAUGGAAAACAAUUUCCUUCAAGUCAAAUAAUGCCAGAUUCUAAGAAAAAAAGUAUUGUUAAAAUUGGAGAAUAUACAUUGGGUGAAAAAAUUGGAAGAGGUGCAUUUGGACAAGUUUUUAAAGGAUUAAAUGGAAAAACUGGAGAGUUUGUUGCAAUUAAACAAAUUGAUUCAAAUAAAAUUGAUGAAAGUUCAUUACAAUCAGUUAAAGGGGAAGUUGAAAUUUUACAUAAAUUAAGACAUAACAACAUAGUUAAAGUAUUAGGUGUUGUAGAGGUACAAGCUCAAUUAAAUUUUAUAUUAGAAUAUGUUGAAAAUGGUAGUUUGAGGGAUGUUAUUGAGAAAUUUGGACCAUUGAGUGAAGAAUUAUGUAUAAUAUAUUUAUAUCAAAUGUUACAGGGAUUAGCAUAUUUACAUUCAAAUAAAGUUAUACAUAGAGAUAUUAAAGCAUCAAAUAUAUUGAUUACAAAAGAGGGUGUAAUUAAACUAGCGGAUUUUGGAGUUGCAUCACAAAUUGAUUCAGAAUCACAAUUAAGAUUCUCAGUGGUUGGUACUCCAUAUUGGAUGGCCCCAGAAUCAAUUGAAAUAUCUGGUUGUUCAUCUGCAAGUGAUAUUUGGUCAUUAGGUUCUACAAUGAUUGAAUUAUUAACUGGUAAUCCACCAUAUUAUACAUUACAACCAAUGGCUGCCAUGUUUAGAAUUGUAUCCGAUCAACAUCCACCAUUUCCAACUGAUAUAUCAAAAGAAUUUUUAGACUAUUUCCAACAAUCAUUUAAAAAAGAUCCAACUCAAAGACCGACAGCACAAGAAUUAUUACAACAUCCAAUAUUUUUUACACUUCAAAAAGUACCACCAACUUUAUCAGAAUUACAAUCGACUUUAAAAACUUUAAAUGGUGGUAGAUCAAGAUUAAGAACCUCUGUAAAUUCAAUUGAUUGGGGUUCAUCAUCAUCAACUAGUGGUUCAUCAACACCAUUAUCAUCUUCAUCUUCAUCUUCAAAUAUUAAAUCAAUAGUUUCAGAUGAAGAUUUUAAUAAAUUACAAACUACAAUUAAACAACAAGCACAAACAAUAUCGAAUUUAUCAGAAGAGAUAUUAAUUUUAAAAAAGGAAUUAAAAGAGAAACCAAAAUUAGAAGAACAACAAUUUUAUAAAGAAUAUUUUAUGGCAUUAGCAAUUAGUGUUAAAGUAAAUCAAUGUUAUCAAGAUAAAACUUGUGAACCAAAAGAUAUGCAACAAUUAUAUGAAAUGGCAAGAUCUCAAGAAAUACCUUGGUAUAAAUUAAUUGAAUGGAUUCCAAGUCAAUUAAUUUCAAAUGAUAAUAUUCCUCAAUUAACUCCAUCAUCUUCAAGAGAGAAUAUUUCUUUAUCAAAUUCAUCAUCUUCAAUUCCAAAUCCAAAUCAAAAUCAAAAUCAAAAUAAUAAAUCUAAAUCAAAAAAAUUUGGUUUCUUUUCUUAA